AAUUGACAAAUUGACAAGAAUUAGUGUCAUGUCAAUUUGUCAAUGUGACAGUAUCAAUAUUAACCGUGAGCGAGAUAUAAAUUUAUAAUUAUUUCUUAUUUGUUUCUCCUAACUCUAUAAUUUCAGAUCGAACGAUGACUGAUGAGUAUGCAGCUGUUAAAAGGGGGAAGUUGGUUUUGAAGGGAGACAAACCCAAAGCAAAAAAACGCAAGCAUAAGAAAGGUGGUAAAGAGGAUGAAACAAGGGUGGACGAGGACUGUGUCAAGCACGGCGGGUGGUGGAGAGUCACAGCAGCCGAAGAGAUCACGGGAUCUGUAGCCAUUGAGUUUGGAAGAAACACCUACGUCUCUGCUCUAGAUAAUGGCUUGUUCACAAUAGGGGCACCACAUGAUGAUGGUGAUGGUCCAUCACCUGAAGAGAUAUUCACUGCAUUCCCCGCCGGAGACAAUAAGUUUGCACUCAAAUCAGGCUACGGCAAAUACCUUGGAGUCACAAAGGAUGGAAUGGUAGUCGGAAGGUCUGAUGCCGUAGGUCCCAUGGAGCAGUGGGAGCCUGUUUUCCAAGAUGGUCGCACGGCGAUCCUGAGCGCGCUCAACAAGUUCGUGUCAGUGGAUGAGGCGGAGGAUGCGGUGGUGGCGCGGCUCAGCGGCGCAGACGAGCGCGCGUACUGCGCCGUGCGCUCCGCACGCCCGCGCGCCGCCGCCGCCGCCGCCGCAGACAGUGCAGACGGCGCGGACAGCGCGGACACAGGCGACCUCACCACGCUCGAACUCAACUACGUAAAGAAAUAUCAGAAGUUUCAAGACAAGAAGAUACGCGUGGCGGAGAGCGACGCGGGUGCGCUGGCGGAGGCGCGGGCGCGCGGGGUGCUGCACGAGGCGCUGCUGGACCGGCGCGCGCGCAUGAAGGCGGACCGCUACUGCAAGUAGCUGCGACACUCCGCACCGCUUUGUUACAAUUAAA